AUGAUUCAAGAAAUGUUGAAUUUGUUUUCCGCUCUAAUAAACACCGAAGGCGGUGCCAUCUCUUCCAAACCACUGACAGAUAGCUUCGGAUGGACUGAAGACGAGGUUUGUGUACAUCAAGAUAUUCAAGAGCUGAAUCGUUUGUUGUUCGAACAAAUCGAAAUCGCUUUGAAAGGGACCACGGAAACUAACUUGAUCAAUGACUUGUACAGAGGUGUUCAAUGCACAAGGGAUGAGUUCCAAGACAUCAACUUAUCUGUGAUGGAUCAUGACUCAGUGGAGGCAUCAUUGGUAGCUCACACUCAACUGGAACGACUUACUGGUGAGAACCAGUACUUUUGUGAAGCAUGUCAAUGCAAAGUGGAUGCGGUCAAAAAAGCCAAAUACAAUUUGUUCUCGAUCGUUCUGCACGUGGGAGGCAGCACUGGCGGUGGACAUUAUCACGCGUACAUCAAAGAUCCGUAUGGAACGGUGCGAGAAAGCAACAAGGAUAGUGCAUCGGCAAACGGAGAGCAUGUGUGCAAACCGAUAGAGAAUCCGAUUAAUGAGAGAGAUCACAAUACUGGACGCAAAAAAGUGGCCGAGGGAGAUUUCCACUCAAAUAUACAACCAUCCCAACUGUAUACAAAAAUUCCAUUUAAUACUGCUUAUUCUCCGGUCAAAGAUACCAGUGACAAACCACAUUCCAAUGAGCAUGUCAGUUGGAAGCCACAACCGUCCGGAGGUAAUGUGAACCGCCUACCCAGCCCGCCUUUGCUGUCCAAUCUAACCACUCUGGAUAGGAAGGCAGACCAAACAGGUAAACAAGAUCUCAGUCUGGGACGGAAGAACUUGUUGAAAAUGGAAGAUCGCGCUCAGCAUUAUUCUAGAACGUCAUCGUACAGAAAUGAAAUGUCCAAUGUCGGUACAAUUUCGGAACUUGUUGGUCGUCUGAAGAGCGCACUUUCCAUCGAGAAUGACGUUGGUAUGAAGGAUAAAGGUAAUAAAGCGAUCGAACAACGUGUUCGCACGGGACAGCUGACGAAGUCAACAACUCGACACAAACGAUUUGUACCCAAUUCAAGCUACGAGUGUGAUAAGAAACCAUCCCCAAAACUGUGCCGCAAGAAGCCUCGCGAACAGGUGAAAAUCCCUAAGCCAUCACCCCUUACUCGGCAACUUCGAACAAGUUCGUUUCGGGAUGGAUCGCAGGCAGUUCCGUCUAAGAGUGCAAUGAAGUCUCGAAAACCACGCAGAAUAGUAUCAACGGGGUUUCCAGCACUCCAGACCAGUCAGCAUAACAGUGGAUCACAACAAACGGCUUCGUCCACGACAUCCUCUUCGGGCUCCCCCGUAGUCGGCAGACCAAGCGAAAAAUGUGCGAUCCCACCGAUCCCGGCCUAUUCAUCCACUCGUUGCGGUUGGCGUUCUCGAUUGUUUGAAGGCGUUUCCAGUGAGGAUGCUCACAAUUCGAAAGUUAUCCAGUCCGAUACGACUCGCCCACCAUUAUAUUGUGGUGAUCCAAUGUGUUCCUCGUCACCUGUUCUACAUCGAAGCGCAAUAACCACUGAUCGCACUCUGUUUUCUGACGAUUCAUCUGGUUUACUGGUACCGGCAACUCUGUGCACGACAGAAUUUUCACAAGAACCCAAUGAUAAUCUGAACAUUGUUCCGGCUAUGCAGCGAAUGGAUGCGAAAUUACCAUCUAAAUGGUCUUAUUCUUGUGAGAUGAUUACCGGUUUAUCACAGGUAAACAGUCGAACAACCCUUGUAUCUGGUAGGUCAGCCAAUGCGAGUGAUUGCUGUGACGGGAACACGUUCAACCGGAAACCGGAUUCAUUUGAACACAAUGUGAAAGUGGUCGAAGAAGAGGAGAAUGGCCCAUCCAGACAGAAAUUAAAUGCUUUCAAUACAGACACUAACCAAGUUACAGAAGAAGUCGAAAUGGACGAAUUUAAUCAAAGAGGAAGAAAACCAAGAGAUGAACCAAAGGUGGAAUACCCUCGAUCAAGCAGCUCGACCGAAAUACGAGUACGUCAGACUGAGGUGGUGAUUGGUCGUUGGUUCGAUUUUAAUGAUGACUACAUUGUUGAGGUUGAUCCAUCCAUGUUCUCUCGUGUCUUUGAGGGUCCGGAAUGUGCCUAUAUGUUAUUCUACAGACGUACAAACCUACCCAGUCCAAUUAUGACGAGCAAAUGA